GUGUGUAUGAGUGUGUGUAAGACUGGAGAAGGAGGCACAGGGAAUGUGAGAGUCGACCUACUGUGCAAUACUUAGCAGCUUGUAUUUCACUUACAAGACAGGGAGGAGUAGCUGAGGAUCUUAAGUGCGGAAGGAACAUGACCAAAUCUGUCAAGAGCUCUCAUUCGUGUGACACUGAAUGGUAAUAACUUGAAAAUAGGAAUCUGGAGGCAGGUGGCUCAUGUUUGGAGGCAGUUGCCGUAACCUGGACGAGAACUGAGGAGGACCUGAACUGGAAAGCACGGGAGUGAAGAUGAGGGGACCUGUUAUGAAGAAUAGGAACACACCCUGCAGCACCAGGGGUGGGGGGGCCCAUGGGAGGAACUCGUCAAAGUGUCCCGGCAGAGCCCCGGAGGCAAUGACCGUGUGAGCGCCAGGUGGUGUAAGGCCACCCCAGAGCCAGACCAUGGCUGCCGCCGUGGAGCUAGAGACCCAGGACCUUUGGGAAGAAGAGGGGAUUCUAAUGGUGAAACUGGAAGAUGACCCUCCCUGUGGGCCGGAGCCUGUCUUACAGAGGGAUGACCCCGUGCACGAGACCUCCCACCAGAACUUCCGUCGCUUUCGCUACCAGGAAGCAGCAAGCCCUCGAGAAGCUCUCAUGCGACUCCGAGAACUUUGCCAUCAGUGGCUGAGGCCAGAGAGGCGGACGAAGGAGCAGAUCCUGGAGCUGCUGGUGCUGGAGCAGUUCCUCACGGUGCUGCCCGGAGAGCUGCAGAGCUGGGUGCGCGGCCAGCGGCCAGAGAGCGGCGAGGAGGCUGUGACGCUGGUGGAGGGUUUGCAGAAACAGCCCAUGAGACCAAGGCGGUGGGUGACGGUCCAUGUUCAUGGCCAGGAAGUCCUGUCAGAAGAGACAGCGGCUGCAGGAGCAGAGCCUGAGUCACCUGGGGAGCUUCAGGACCCUGUGCAGGCCUCCCCACCUGAGGAGGCCCAGGAGGAGACCCCACCGAGCCCAAAUCUGGGGGAGCCACAGGAGCAGAGCCCGGGCCGCGAGUCGCAGUUGCAGCCCCUGCAGGAGAGCGAGGUUCCAGUGCUCCAGCUCCCAGACCUUCCUGAGGAGAGGAACUCUGGAAACGCAGAUAUGGUUGCCCUCCUGACAGCUCUGUCCCAGGGAUUGGUAACUUUCAAGGAUGUGGCCGUGUGCUUCUCCCAGGACCAGUGGAGUGAUUUGGAUCCAACACAGAAAGAGUUCUAUGGAGAAUACGUCUUGGAAGAAGACUGUGGAAUUGUGGUCUCCUUGUCAUUUCCAAUCCCCAGACUAGAUGAGACCCCCCAUGGAAGAGAGGAAGAGCCUCUGGUCCCGGAAAUCCCAGGGCCUCAGGAGCCUCAAGAACCAGAAAUCCUGAGCUUUACCUACACAGGAGACAGGAGUGAAGAUGGGGACCAAAGUCCUGAGCAAGAAGAUCCGAACGUGGAAGACGUCAGCAGGUCUGUUCUGGGAGAUCCAGAAAUUCACCAGACUCCAGACUGGGAAAUAGUCUUUGAGGGUGAUCCAGGUAGACUGAAUGAAAGAAGAUUUGGUACAAAUAUUUCUCAAGUUAAUAGUUUAACAAAUCUUCAGGAAACCAUGCCUCUCCACCCCUUGUUAGGGAGACAUCAUAACUGUCCUGUCUGUGGAAAAAGCUUCACUUGUAACUCCCACCUUGUCAGGCACCUGCGGACUCACACGGGGGAGAAACCCUAUAAGUGUAUGGAGUGUGGAAAAAGUUACACACGGAGCUCCCACCUUGCCAGGCACCAAAAGGUUCACAAAAUGGGCGCUGCUCAUAAACUUCCUGUGAACCGGAGGAGCCUGGACGAGACCUCCCCUCUGGUCCAGACUAAGAGAACUCAACCUGUUGAGAAACCCUACAGAUGUGACGACUGCGGAAAACACUUCCGCUGGGCUUCGGACCUCGUCAGGCAUCAGAGGACACAUACAGGAGAAAGACCCUUCUUCUGUACUAUUUGUGGCAAAAGCUUCAGCCAGAAAUGUGUGCUGACGACACACCAAAGAAUCCACCUGGGAGGCAAGCCCUACUUGUGCGGGGAGUGUGGCGCGGACUUCAGCGACCACAGGCGGUACCUGGCGCACCGGAAGACUCACUCGGCCGAGGAGCUGCAUCUCUGCAGCGAGUGCGGCCGGUGCUUCAGCCAUCGCGCCGCAUUUGCCAAGCACCUGCGAGGACACGCCUCGGUGCGGUCCUGCCGGUGCAACGAGUGUGGGAAAACCUUCAGUCGGCGGGACCACCUCGUCCGGCACCAGAGAACACAUACUGGCGAGAAACCAUUCACGUGCCCUACCUGUGGAAAAAGCUUCAGCAGAGGCUAUCACUUAAUCAGGCAUCAGAGGACCCACUCAGACAAGACCUCCUAGCUAGUUGCCCAUGGAAAGAAAGCUGCCUUCACCCAGGGAUGGACUAGGAGAGGCUGUCUUGUCAGCCUGGGAGGAUUUUUUCUAGGGAGUCUCCCUGACUUGCCCAGAUCUGCAUAGCCUCUGCCCACAGCUAAUGAAAACCCCCCGGGCAGAACCUCUCAAACUUCUUUAACUCCUUGAGGGGAAUUUUUGCUCAAGGACAUCCUGAAUCGAGGCUCCUCCUUGACAGGAGUGCCCCAGCCUCCGCACCUCGUGGUUGUUAAGUAGGGGAAUGAGAAGACAUGAGAGGUUGUGGUUAUUACCUUUCCCCCAGGAUAGGCUGUUAUGUACCCUAAAGACUACUUAAUAGCCUCAAGCUUAAAGUGGCCCAGGCCAACCCCUUAGGUUGGGUAAGGGACCAGCCUUUAGGAUUCUGUCCUUACCAGGCUCAGAUCUUAAAGCGUACAGCCCUGAACUCAAGGCAGGAGAUUCGCAUCCUGAUGGCCUUGCCACACGUUGACAGGAUAACUACAGCUCUCUCACUGAUCCACUCCCCCGUGGUGGGGAUAGGGGAGAGAAGUGUUUGAUGCUGAAAACCUCGAGGCCGCCGUCAAAAUGAUACCAGGUGCCAGACACUGCUAGGAAGGAGGACGUCGUCAGAAGCGUCUUUCCUUGUGGGGUUUCUCCCUGUUAGAACACUCAAUGCCUCCCCUUAAUUCCAUUCUACCAGCCUCUUGGUUUUGUCCCUAGCACUUCUACUACAAGUCAGAUGUAGCAUUUGGGUGCUGAGAGAGUCAGUAAGGCAUAAUUAAAUCAUGAAACAAUUUACAUUCCCACAUACGUACAAGCCCACCCAUCCCACCCUCUGCAUGGGCUUGUGAGGGAAUUUUGGAAUAGUGUCAGCUCACAGAGGCACUAGAAUAAUUAUAGAAUCAUGAUUGACUAAGUCACUUCAUUUACAUGAAGAAAACUGGAGAAGACCUGAGAUGGUUAUGGAAAAGUUAAGAAAGAUCUAUGGCUGCUGGCUAAGGUUAUCAAGACUAUUUUCCUGAUACCCAGCACCCCAAAUCCCUGCCUCGGUUCUCUGAUACCAGAGAAAGUUGUGAACCCCAGCAAUUGGGACCCUGAAGAAUUUACCAGGAGUAAAUGGCUUUCAUGUA